GCAUUUUCAGAUUUUUUAAGGUUAGGGAUAAGGAACAGGAAGACUGUGAGGGGAAUGGGUAGCAAAGGGUUGCUCCGAGGAGCUUCGUUAUCGUUGGCACGUGCAACUGCAAAUGCAGUGUGGCAUAGAAACAGUUUCUUCCCAACGUUAACGGUUAGCGUUAGCCGUAAGUUGUUCGAGUUUCGGAGCUUUUCAUCUACUACUACUCGCUCUUCUCUUCAACCUCCAGAUGUGUCUCGUUUGGCAAAAACAGCUCAAAUUUCUCUCACCCCAGACGAGGUUGAAGAAAUUGCUCCAAAAAUUCAACAGGUGAUAGACUGGUUUGGACAGCUUCAAGGUGUCGAUGUCCAAAGUGUUGAACCCUCCAUAAGAGCAGAGACUGAAAACAAUUUGCGUGAUAAUGUUCCUGAAACAUUUGAACAUAGGGAUGCCAUGAUCGAUUCUGUUCCCAGCUAUGAGGAGUCUUACAUUAAAGUUCCGAGGGUCUUAAGCAUGGACUGAAAUUGCUUAGAUGACUUAUUUGGUAUAAGGAAACACAUCAAGAUUGUGUUAUUUUGUACUUUGAAUUUCUUGGGUCGUUAUGCGUCCAAUUCUUAAUUUCAUCAUAAAAUUGGAAUUGUUGUGAUUAAGACUUUCUUUUAAGAUAAUUUUACGCUUUUCUUGUAAUGAUUGGAGAUCCUCUUUUUAAAGUUAGCUUUUUUUGCGCAUUAGAACAUGAGGAUCUUGUAAUCGGCUAUAGGGUAGGAUUUGUUGCUUAACACACUUUUUAUUAUCUCUAUGGAUGACUUCUAAUCCAUGGCUGGAGUACAAAAUGAAAAACAAAGUGCAUU